CGAGCCGCCGGUGGGUCACGUGAUCGGCGGCCGCGAACCGCCGGUACCCGGCGCUCUUGGCGCUGUAGCUCCCGCGCCGGGAUGCGGUCGCUCUGCGGUUUCCUGGCGCUGCUCGGGGCCGCUUCCUGCGGCCUCUACCUGCUGUCGGCGCGGCUGCGCCCGGGGGGCCCGCUCGGGGCCGGCAGGUGGGUGACGGCCGGGCCCAGCCCCCUCUCCCCCAGCUCGGCUCCGGUCCUGCCCUCUCUGGCCCGGGGAAGCGGCUCCUCCCUGCUGCGGGAGCCGCCCACAUCUCGCCCCCGUGCCUGACGGCGCCGCUCUCGCUGUGGGCCCGGGACCCCCGGGUCACCAGAGCUGGGCGCGAGCGCCCGGGGGCUCCCCAGGCUCGUGGUGCUGCCGCCAGCGCCCGGUGCCCGUGGUGUGGGGCACAGGGCCGGGCCUGCAGGCGGGGUGCUGGGGUCCGGGAGCAUGUGGGCCAGGGUGGGACCAACAGGCCGGGCCAUCUAGGGCUUUACUGCACCUGCAGCCCACCGUCUCAGCAUCCCGGAGCCGCUUUCGAGAAAACCCUUCGACCCUCGCUUCGUCCGUCUGUCACCGCGCCGACAGAAUUUGCAGGGUGGCGGCGCUGUGGGAAAUGGGCUUUGCUGAGGGACUGCUGUGAUGCCUUGGGUGUCCUGGAGGAAAGCCCAGAGGAGAAUGACUGUUGUGAUCUAAUGCAUGUGCACAUUUUGCAAUGGAAAAUGGCAACUUUCAGGUGCAUGCACUAUUUCCCCAUGUGAAAAGAUUUUAAAUGACUCGAGUUAGGAGGGUUUUCUCUGUCUGAUUUUGACUGAGGGUAAUGUUCAGGAUGAACGGGUGAAAUAUUGGAUUUUUGUUGGCCUGUUAAUAUAGGGUGGCAGCCUAAAAAUAUAUCCCCACCAUGUGAUGAUCUUUGCAGGGUGUGAAAUCCAUAGAAAUAUGGUGUUGCAUGUUCUGAGCUAUGUUUAGCCAUAGUAAGUCAGUGUGAAAUCAGAUCUUUGAGAAGCUUUGAAACUAACAAUGUUAGUGCCUGUCAUCUUCGGCUUGACAUACCCUCCUAGGAUCCUUCAUCUAUCCUGACUGCUAGGAAUUGGCAGAUGUUUUGUGUUUUAUUCCUUUGAUUUAUAUUGUAGCAAGAAAGGUCCCUCUCCAAAGCUGUAGGUGUCCUUGAUACUUCUUUAAAACAACAAAUAGCAAAAAGGCAAGUGCUCCAGCAAAUUCCAUUAUGCACCAGCAAUAGCUGACUGAUGGUAUGUCUAUGCUAUGGGGUUAUGCCGACAAUGUCGGCAUAACCCCGUAGCACAGAUGCAACCUACACCUGCAGAAGAGGUUUUUCUGUCAGUGUAAGAGUGCCACAUCCCUGAUGAUGAUAGUAUUCUUACAUUAACAUAGAUGUGUUUGCACUGGGGGCUAGGGUGGUAUAAGUAUGGCAUUCAAGGGUUUGAUUUUUUUUUCACACCUGUUGUCCACUUAGCUAUGUUGACCUUUUAAAUGUGGACCAGGCCUAGCCCUUACAGCAGCACUAUAUAAAGAAAAUACCCUGCUUCUGAAAUAGCAGCCCUCAGGUAGUGUCCCCCAUCCCAAAAGCCCCUGUAAAAGGAGAGGCUGUGUAAUGUGCUCUGAACGGCAACACAUUUGGGCCAUAUGACACCUAGGAAGAGUGAAUUCUGACGUGGAGGACCCUCAUAGAGAAUACCCCGCUUCUGGCUCCUCAGAACCAAAGGGCCUUCUGCUUCUCUGCACUGUGACACUAUGGUCCUGGGAGAGUGACUGCUCAAGUAGGCAGGUGCAAGGCCAGGUAACUCUUAGUUAAACUACCUUUUUUUUUUUUUUUUUUUUUUUUUUAACAGCAAGCACAUAAAAGCCUAGACACAUGCGGUCUAUCUCUAGUUGGGAUUCCUUUCGAUUUUUAGCUCUGCCUAACAAAGGUUUGGCCAGCUUUGAGCCCUUUGUUGCCCCAAAACCAGGAAUUACCACCCAGAAAACAAGUCAGAGCAAGCAAUAGCCCACCCUACCCACAGGUACUAGCUCUCAUUGCAUCACUUAACUGUGGAUUCUAAUAUACCGUUUGCUAUGUGUUACCUGAGUUUGUUCUCUAGGCCCCUGUGAUCUUUGGGGCAGAACCUCAGCUGGUGCAAAUUAUCAUAGCUCCACUGAGGUCAAUGGCGCAAGGACAAUUAAUAUCAGCUGAGGAUCUGACCCUGCUGAAGACCUGCUCAUGACUUACUGCUUGGGGUGAAACCAGGUGACUUGUACUGACCAGUAACUCUUUCUAGCUGAAUGUUAUUUUGCCAAUAAGGUGCAAAAAGGUCUCUGACGGUCAAGGGUAGAACGCUGUUGUGGAGCAUGGCAAGUGAAAAACACAUGCGUGCACACAGUGAAAACUCCUUUAAUGAUGAGAUAUGUGUAGAGAUGUGGACUCCCCUCUCGAACUGAAUGCCAGUGUGUGGCCCCUCGCACAGACUGACAUAUUCCAGACUGCUAUCUGGCUCUGUAGAAAGGAUAUGGUGUUCUUUAAAUGAACUGUAUAGGCCAGCAGAGGGCUGGGCGUUCUUUUACUUUUUCAGAGAGAAGAGGGCUAACAGAUGCUUAGAGGUAGGACAAAAGGCAGGAGACUUGAAUGGGUCCCCUUGGUUUUUCUCUCUCUGAGUGAAUUAACUCAUUGACUCUGCGACGGGAUUCAGGCCAUGAUAUCUAAGAAUGGGUAUCUGUCUGUUAAGCUCAUUUUAUCUUUCUCUGUAACAGUUUCCCCAAGCUUGAAUAAAUCCUGAUAGCUGUGCAGAUUUUGUAUGGUUGACAAUUGUUUACGAUACGUACUUUGAUGGUGAUAGUAGAUGCACUCUCUCUUUAACUGCGUUGCAUUUUAUGGGUGUUUCAGACAACAAUGGACAAGUGUCCCCUGCUGGUCUUCCCCAGUCAGGUCGGAUGCUAGUCCAAAGAGUAGAUUGUGGAACACAGUGAUACCAACAGCCCUUGUCCAACCAGAGACAAUUCAGUGUUUGAACUCUCCAGAAAUCACUCUGCAGCCACAGAAGCAGGUGGUUCUGUCGGAAUCUGCUUGGUGUGUUGGAGUUUUGUUGCUUACAGAGUAACAGCUGUUUCCUAUUCGUUCAUUCAUCAGCAUAAAUCAUCUGAGUGAGACUUAGUGGAUACAGUGGUAGAAGCAAAGAAACUUUUGCACACCCACAGCAUGAGAUUUCAAGAUAUGUUAUGAAGCAGUUUGUCCAAUUCAGUGUGAGAUUUCUGCCACUUGAGCUUUCUCCAUCAGUUGCCAGAGGAGAGAUGUAACCCAUGAUGACCUGUGAGGUGGAAACCAAUAAGGAAGAUGCACAGCACUUAACCAGUAGUGGAAGGUAAAAGAUCUUCAUACAGUCCUAUUCAACCAGCAGAAGGGUAUGAACAAUAUUCUUCUUCAAGAAAUGACCAGGUCCAAUUAAUCCCUGAGGAAGGGCCAUCAAAGUGCCUAGCCCCAACCUCAAAUUGCAGGAGGCAACAGUCAGUCCCUGCCAUGGGUAAAAUCUCCAGUUGUCACACCUCCAUACUCAGCCCAAACACCAGAUCCAGAGGGCAGCCAGUGGUAUGAGACGGGCCAGCAGCAACCUGGGAUAGUCAGUGCCAUGGUGGCCAAGAGAUCCUGGCAGUGGUGUCUCCAGCACGUCCUCUGUGAGGAAUGUCGGCUGCUUGCACGCAGCAUGGUGAUCUGUGCACUGGCUCCAGUCCCAUCUAGUGAUGUCCUGGAUGCUGUUUUCAGUCCUGCUUCAGGGUAGGAGAUGAAUGCUCCAGGCUGGAUGCAAACAGUACUGUUAAUUUUCAGUUUGCUGAAGACCAGGUCACUCAAGUUCCCAUCAGACCUGGAGGAGCUGCGAGAGCUUGCAGAGUUUCUACAGUAUUAUAAGCAAGAGCACCAGAGCUAUGUGCUGCUGCUGUUCUGUGCUGCCUACCUCUACAAGCAAUCCUUUGCCAUCCCCGGCUCCAGCUUUCUGAACAUCCUCGCUGGGGCUCUGUUUGGACCAUGGAUGGGGCUUUUGCUGUGCUCUGCUUUGACUUCCGUGGGUGCCACCUGCUGUUACCUGCUCUCCGGGGCCUUUGGAAAACAGUUUGUAGUCUACUGGUUUCCUGAUAAAGUGGCCAUGCUGCAAAGAAAGGUGGAGGAGAACAGGAGCUGCUUAUUUUUCUUCUUGUUGUUUCUGAGACUUUUCCCCAUGACCCCAAACUGGUUUCUGAACCUGGCGUCUCCGAUCCUGAACAUCCCGGUUUCUCAGUUCUUCUUCUCCGUCCUUAUCGGUCUGAUCCCCUAUAACUUCAUCUGUGUGCAGACGGGUGCCAUCCUCUCACAGAUCACCUCCCUGGAUGCCAUUUUCUCCUGGGGCACGUUGUUUAAGCUACUGGCCAUAGCCAUGGUGGCGUUGAUACCAGGCACCCUGAUUAAGAAAUUCAGCUGGACACACCUGAAAUUAGAUGAAAAGGACCAGAGCGUUUCCCUGCUCAACGGCAGAAAGAGCUCAUGAUGGACCGGGCGCAGCAGCUGCUCAGAAUACCGGAUUGUGCAUUUAUGGGGAUGGUGCAAUCCUCAGCAACCAGAUAGUGUUUUAACUUGCUGCCUGCACUGCCUCUUCUCUGCACAGGUCAAGGCAGAGGACAACUGCAGUUCUUAAAUCUUUUUAAAUCUAGGAGGAGACGUGAUGGUCUCGUUUUAAAUGGUGCUUGUAUAAAUGUGAAUGUCUGGGUUGCUGGGGAGCUGCCAGUGGGCUUUGGAAAAAUCUACGGGGCCAUUUUCUGACCCUGGUGAAGUGCUGCCACAUUUAGUGCCAUACUGGAGCUCCUGGCCUCCACAGAGGUUUGCCAAGUGUGUCCGGUGCUCUUGGGCUCUCUGAAGUGCUGGUGACUGGCAUUCUCAUGGCAGUUGGUUUAAGAUGGCUGUGGUGGAGGUAGAGCUUAGUGAGGACUGGGCUGGCUGUGAUAAACGAGCCACUUGUGUGCCCACCUGCACAGCGAAAGCAGCUCUGCUUGCCCUGGCACACGGAGUUCAGGUCUGUUCAGACAAGGCCUCCUGCAAGGCUGCAGUGUGUCACUGCCUCCUUCCUCCCCAGUCUCCGUGUGCUGUGCAGUGGGGCUUUCACUGGAGCUGAGCUAAUGCUACAGGCUCGAGGGUUAACAGGCCCCCUGCCAGGGUGAUUGUGCCUGGGGGUACUGGGGAGCUUGUGCCUGGGGUACUUACCAUGCUGGAGCCCAGACCAGACUUCCCCUUGCUUGGUUCACAAGGAUCGUGGUUCCUGUUGUUUUGGAUUCAGGAGAGCACAAGUGCCCUUGCUGCAUCCACAGCUGGCCUGCUCCUUUCCUUCUGGCACAGGGUACUUCUCGGCACACCUCAGCCCCACCCCACCCAGAUCCUUUCCUGUGAUUGCUUGUUGCUCUACAGCUCACUUCAGUGGCUGCAUGUUUCCCACCGUAGAAUCCCCCCUCCCCACCGGUUGCUGUAUUCUUCAGUGUCAUUCUUUUAAUGCUUCCAAAGGAAUCAGAAUAGCUGUACUUCCUCUCCCAGGGAAGACCAUUGCAUCCUCAUCCCUUGUAGCCUGCCUCCAGCAGUGGCCAAUAAAUCCCCAGUAUUUCAGCAGAAGAUACAAAAUCUCCUGCUGCUUCCAUAAUGCCCCUGGCCAUGUGUGCAAUUCUGUGCAUGGAAAGAGACUGCCUGCUUGAGAAAAUGGAUACACAGCUCCAGAAGUAGCUUCGCUUGGUUAUCCAGCCUGUCUGGUCCAGAGUCAGUGUUCCUGGGUUUACUGGAGUAUAGUUUCUUAAUGCAGGAAACCAGCACUAAACCUGGUUACUUCACAGCCAAGCCCUGAGCUUUUUACAUGCCUGUUUCUGAACAGAGGAAAUCCCAGGAGUAGUAUCUCCAGGGAAUCGGUCUCAGCAUCACUUGUGCCAUCCAAGUGUUUGGGGAAAUAGCAAAUCUUUCUGUCUGUAUUUAGCUGUUCAGGAGCUGUGUCCUGCUGACAAGGUUUCAUACUGAGCAAUGGACUUCUCUGCAGCGAGGUUGUGUCUGUGCCUGUGGCAGAUACCAUGUGGGGUGCAUUGUGAAUCAGCUGCUCCUUAGACAAGAAGACUGAAGGAAACGCAGCCCAGAAAUCCCUGGCUGCUGAAGCCCGGCUGAGUGGUGAUUUGUCUCCUUGCCUGGUCUCACCAAGUGCCUUACCACCCAGGUGUCUGUGUUUACAUGUAAAUUACUGCAUCUCAAAUAAAUGGUGGUGAAACUUUA